AAAAAAGGAAACUGCGUUUUUACUUUAUAUCCUUGAUUUAUAUUCGAAUAAGUCAACAGUGUUUAACUGUAGACCAUCCAUCAGUGCAAGGCUACGCCCUGUUUCGGAUUUUCCAGUGUUUAAUUUUGCUUCCAACAUAGGCCUAUCAGACACCGCCGUUAUGGAUAUGAUGGUAUCGACGUUGCAGCAGCAGCGUGCUGUCACGGAACAGUUACGAAGGGAAGCCGCCAUCAAGCGCAUUCCGGUGUCUGUAGCGGUGGCAGACAUCGUGAAAUAUAUUAACGAGCACGAACAAGAGGACUGCCUGCUCGUUGGCUUCUCCAGUCAAAAAGUGAAUCCCUUCCGGGAAAAGAGUUCUUGCACCGUUCUGUAACUCAAGCAACUCUAUUCUUCACCGUUUCCUUGUGUCUAACAAAAUUAAGGUCUUUGUGUAGCAUUUAAUAUCUAUUAUAUAGCACAAUUUGUUAUGUAAAUUAUUUAAUUUGACAUCAGAUUUAUAUUCAGUGUCCGUUCAAACUUAUCAGUGUUCAAGAGAAAAAUACCUCAAAAUGUAUAUCAAUAUCAUAAUAGGAAUUGUGCAGUAAAAAUAUGACAGCUUGCAUUUUAUUUUUAAACUUAAGAAAGUGGGGAUUGUUUAGCUAAUUAUAAAAAUCUAUUUAAAUAUAACAUUAUUACAAUUGUCAUUGUGUUUCUGUCAUUAAAAUAUUAUAACUUAUACUA